AUGUCGGAGUCCAAUUCCUUGCGACGCCCUUCAAAUCGUCCUGGUUUCCGCCCAUCCGAUUUACGAGAGGGCAACCCGCAUCAGCAUGGGUUGAGCCUGUCUCAUCUGCAGGAUCGAAAUAUCCCACUAGUUGGAUUACCUAAUAUCAGAGUCCGUCCUGGAAAGAAACUGGCUUUUCCUAAUCAAGGUAGCGACCAAGGUUACGGAUAUGACCGGAUUUUCGUUGCGUGUUGGGUGGACAGAUGCAGUGUUUUGCUAGAGCAACGCAUAUCUCGCUCGCAGUCACCACAGAACCUAUCACAACCUUCCCUAAUGAGCAAAUCAACUCUCGGCUUUUUGCGUCGCUUCCUUGACCUUACUUCCAGAUGGCCUAUUUCGAAGCGACCCCAUGACAUCGCAGUUCAUACCUAUAUUCGACGAUCAUGGCUCCUUAAUUGCCCCGGGGAGAUAGUAGAUCUCAUUUCCCAGCACCUGAGUCGGAGUGACUUCUUGGAAUUUCGAUCUACUUGCAAGGACAUCCACCAGAAGACAUUGUACCGCCUCAACAACAUCCACCUACCCAACAAAACUCUCACUCUAGCCUCCAACUCUCGCGCAGGCCUUAAUUCGCUUGUUGGGCUCGCAGGCCACCAAAAAUUCGCAGCUCGAGUCCGGCAGGUCACAAUUCAAGUUCAAGACUCCUCAUUCCUUUGGGGCAAGGAGAUCAGCCCUUUGCAGCAUUACUUUGGGGAUCCAGCACUUGCUUUCGAGGAGGGCUUAUGGACUCAACACUUCAACAACCCGAGUAUGCAAAUGGAGCAGCGCGCCAUCGACCUUGCAAUAGUUCUAGUAUGCCUCAGCAAGCUAACAGCUCUGAAAACUGUCGAACUUAUUGACAUUCCCUCUGGCUGGAUCCCCGUUCAACAUGCUCAAGCCCGGAAGGAUCUCCAGGAAGCCAAGAAAGCUGUGAAGAAGUCGAAGAGCGCUAUUGGGACUUCAAAUGUCCAUGUCCAAAAUGGGGGUCCUCACCCAGGUACAGCCGAUGACAGGCUCUCGAGAGCGGCACAGCUGUAUAAAAAAGUUAUGGAAAACUCCAGGGCGGGAGAAGCAGGCAAACCAGUAGGUGCAUACACACCGUACUCUAUUACGACGAAGCACUGCGGAAUAUGCAAGAGGCCUCCCUUCAAAAAUAGAGCCUCCAAGAAAUGCAUCCAUUUCCAGGUCUUUCUAGAUGCCCUAGUCUUGCUCGCCCGGUCUCAAUCCGAUUUGGUAUGGUCGAUGGGUGUCUAUCAACUUCCUUCCACGAUGGCGAACCAUGUCGCCCAUGCUCUCGGCAGUCUCCUUCCCACAACGUUUAAACUGCACGGUUUACUGGAGAUAUCUUACAAGAUUUACCGCCACAAAGGCAUUGACGACCUCUUGCCAACUGAUGGUCCACUCGUAGCCCACAACUUCAUUUUCAAACUCCUAGGUGCUUCAACAAUCCUGCAGAGACUCUCCAUUGAUGGUGCAGAUGUAGCACACCGUCCCUCCAAGACCCAUAGGCUCUGCGGUCCAGUAGGGUCUCGUCUGGCGACUGGCAGUCUCUCAACACUCGUGCUACAGGACCUGAAGCUGAGCGCACCGGAGCUGGUAACCCUGUUUGUACGCUAUGCUACUACGCUUUCGACCAUCCACCUUGAAGGUGUCUGCCUUGUGUCCCAGCUGAACACAUGGAGCGCGGCACUCAGCUACCUUUUGACCAACAAAGCGCCCCUCAAAGAGGUUUUCAUCCAUGCAUCUAAAAUCUGCUGGGGGGUAGACAGUUGGGGGAUGGUGGUAUUUGGCGAUACUGUGUCCAAAGCUGAACUGAAGGGGAUCCAGUACCGGCCCGGGCACUUCCUGAAGUGGCGACAGAGGGGACGGGAGGCACCACAUCAGGAGAUGAAUAGGGAUUUAGUGGGCUGGAGGUUUUGCGGUCCUAGUAUUACAGCUGGGGUGACGUUUCUGGUACAUAACGCACAUCUUCUUAGAGUUUAG